CGGUCAUUUGUGAAAAUUAUAUGCAGGAAUACUAUCAUAUUAGAACUUUAAUCUUUAAUAUAAUGGUAAACAACAGCCAUUUAUGAAGGCAAAGAAAUAUUGCUUCAAAUAAAUAGUUAAGUUUAAACUCGAAUAUGGAGUCACGGAGGAUUACUCACUGGGGAGAUAUUUCAGUUGUUGUUGUUUAUUUUGUUCUAGUGUUGCUAGUGGGAAUUUGGAGUUUGUGCCGUCCGAAUCGAGGGACUGUCCGAGGUUAUUUCCUUGCUGGACGUUCAAUGUCAUGGAUACCGGUUGGUGCAUCAUUGUUCUCUAGUAAUAUAGGCAGUGAACAUUUUGUAGGCCUUGCUGGGACAGGGGCGGCAAGUGGGUACGCCAUAGUACUAUAUGAAUGGCUUGCGAUGCCACUUUUGGUUGUUCUAGCGUGGAUAUUUGUACCUGUCUAUGUUGCUGCGGGGGUCUAUACAAUGCCAGAGUACAUGACUAAAAGAUUUGGUGGUCAGAGAAUACGGAUUUAUCUCAGCGUCCUCGCCGUGAUUUUGUAUAUAGUUACCAAGUUAGCCGUAC